UAGUCCAUUUGACCUCAGAACCAGCCUGAGAAUCCAUUUUGCCGAAGUUAGCUUAAAAAGUUGUGUAACUGCGGUUAGUUGUGUAACAAGAAAAACAGAAAGGACACCGGUCAGAUGAGAAUUCGUUUCUUAACGAUUAAUAUAAGGCCUGUCCUUACUCUGUAACCAUCUAGAGACGUACUUUUUAAUAUCUGAGGUAAAAUGUUUUCGCUGUCGUCGUUUCAGCCACAGCAGAUGGUAGUGCCUUUCAGCCAAGUUAUCAAUGCCCUCCACUCACUGAAGAACUCAGCCACAGCUUCAGUCCAGGCCUUUCACAAAGACUUCUCUCAUGAACCUAAUUCAUAUGUAAAAGAGCCAAGUGUUAGUCUGAGGGAUCUGGGUCUUUCAGAGGUCGGGGCGAGUCAGCUGGACGUCCUGGUCAGCAGGUUACUGCCGGUACCGAGUCCAGAAGAGCCUCCUACUGUUAGUUCAAUAUGGAGGACCAGUCAUGUUUCUGCAGACAGCUUCUUUCAAAAUAAGCAUGGGGUAUCACAAAGAAGAUUGUGGAGUUCAGGCUCUCCGCUGUUCUGUAGACAAUACCACAGUCCUCUUCGAGAAGUCUGCUCAGAGCUACAGUUUCUACCUGUGUUGUUACAGAGUCGGGGUUUUAAGACACUUAGAACAAAGACCAGACGAAUGGAGUCUAGUUAUGAUGGUCCAGUACAAUCUGAGGCCUACACACCAGCUUUCAUGAAGGGGUUAUUCCUGAGGGACAAAGGAGCUGAGGCGUACUCUUUGGACCAAGUAGUGCAACAGAAAAACCUUCCUGAAAACCAGCAGGAGGCUUUCAAAAUAGGUUUCACUGAUGGGUUCAUGAGGGCUCAAGCUUUAACUCAGAGAACACAAGAAUCACUGAGGAGAACCAGGUUCAUCCUGCUUGCUCUCCUGCUGAUUGGCAUGUAUGGCCUGUCGAAAACCCAGCUUUUCUCCGGUACAGGCUCCUUUUCUGAUGCCGUGAAUUUCCGCACCACACCUGGCCUCUACUCAGCUAUGGACACCAUCCACAUGAAAAAUGUGACAUUUGAGCACGUCAAAGGAGUAGAGGAGGCAAAGAAUGAGUUGCAAGAGGUUGUCGAUUUUCUCAAAAGCCCUCAGAAGUUCACUGCUUUGGGUGGAAAGCUGCCUAAAGGGAUCCUCCUCGUUGGCCCUCCAGGCACAGGAAAGACUCUGUUAGCGCGAGCCGUCGCCGGGGAGGCUGAUGUGCCUUUUUACUACGCCUCCGGAUCAGAGUUCGAUGAGAUGUUUGUGGGUAUUGGUGCAAGUCGAAUCAGGAAACUUUUCAAAGAGGCAAAAGCCAGCGCUCCUUGUGUCAUCUUCAUCGAUGAGUUGGACAGCGUGGGUGGAAAGAGGAUUGAGUCUCCCAUGCAUCCUUACUCCAGACAAACCAUCAACCAGCUGCUGGCUGAAAUGGAUGGAUUCAAACCAAAUGAAGGUGUCAUUGUUAUCGGUGCUACGAACUUUGCAGAGGCUUUGGAUAAUGCUCUGGUGAGACCAGGCAGAUUUGACAUGCAGGUGACCGUCCCUCGACCUGAUGUGAAAGGACGUAAAGAAAUUCUCGACUGGUACCUCUCGAAGAUCAAAGUGGAUCCUGCCAUCGAUGCAGAGAUCAUCGCCCGAGGCACAGUGGGCUUCUCUGGAGCAGAGCUCGAGAACCUGGUGAACCAGGCAGCCCUGAAGGCAGCAGUGGAUGGAAAAGAGAUGGUUACGCUGAAGGAGCUGGAAUUUGCUAAGGACAAGAUCCUCAUGGGUCCCGAGAGACGCAGCGUUGAAAUUGAUGAGAAGAAUAAGACCAUUACAGCGUACCAUGAGUCCGGCCAUGCUAUUGUUGCAUAUUAUACCAAAGAUGCAAUGCCAAUAAAUAAGGCUACCAUCAUGCCCAGAGGACCAACCCUUGGCCAUGUGUCCAUGCUCCCAGAGAACGACCGCUGGAACGAGACCCGAGCCCAGCUGCUGGCUCAGAUGGAUGUCAGCAUGGGUGGUCGAGUCGCAGAGGAGCUCAUCUUUGGAGACGACGACAUUACCACAGGAGCCUCCAACGACUUCGAUGGUGCAACACAAAUAGCAAAAAUGAUGGUCACCAGAUUUGGCAUGAGCGACAAGCUCGGGGUCAUGACCUACCGAGAUUUAUCCAAGCAGAGCCCCGAGACUCAAGCUGCUAUCGAACAGGAAGUCAGGGUUUUACUCAAGGAGUCCUACGAGCGAGCUAAAAAAAUCCUGAAAACUUACAACAAAGAGCACAAGAAGCUCGCAGACGCUCUGCUCAGAAAUGAAACUCUGGAUGCCAAAGAGAUCCAGAUGGUUCUUGAAGGGAAAUCUCUGGACCACUAGAUGUUAAAGACUUUAGUUAUGUAAAUAAGAAGCUGUGCAGCUGAGCACAGGCCUUUUGGUGGCCUUCUCUUUUGUGUGUUGACAACGUGACGAUUAGAAAGAAAGGAUCAUGUUUCACUUCACCCUAUGAGUUUUCUCAACACUUCCAGCAAACAAAUCCUAAUUUUUCAUUGCAGUUUUAAAGCACUUCAUAAUGAGGUGUUUUUAAAAGAAAGUUCAGCUUCAGUUCAGCUUUACUCUUACAACAGAAAACCUCUGAAAUAAUUUUAUUUGCUGUUGUUUAACUUCGUCAUUGUUACCCGAUGAACACUGUAGGAGCUUACAGUGUCUAUAUGUCAAAUGUGCUCUUUAGCUGCAGUUAAGACCAAGACGUUGCUGAAGAAUCAUUUAUCAUUAUUGUGUAUUUCUCUCAUGUAUGCUGUUUUUUUCCUCUUAUUUAAUUGCCCAAAUGUGUAUUUUCUUUCAUCCCAAUUAGUUAUAGAUCCUUUUUGACCUCCUAUACGAUCAGCUGUAACUGAUGAAUGAGAUGAGUUCACUGUAAAUACUAGAAGCCUAACAACAGACAAGUUUGGUCUUUCUUUUUGUUUUAUAUAUAGACAAAGACCUUGAAACUCAAUAAAAAGCUACGCUCAGGAAA